GCUGAGCUCGACAUAGAUAUAUAAACGUAGAUAUAUAUACGAAAAGUUCAACCUUUCUUUAUAUCAAAAAACCAGACCUAUAAUCACCCCCAUAAGAAACGUCGUUGAAAACGAUUGCCGGAGGAGGAGGGAGAAAUCAUUUGCCGGAGUUUCGCCGGACUGGGCCGGGUUUUGACGUCAAAGGACGGGAGAGCUUCUGCCGCUACCGCCAGUCAACUGCUGAACAUCGCUGACGACCAUCGACGCCACUGCCGUGUCGUUCAUCUGUCGUCAAUAAGUUAAUUUUUCGAGCACAUCUGCCAAUCUCAACUCCAUCCCUGUCCUAAAUGGUACUAACUUUAAGGAAUGGAAAGAAAAUAUUCUAAUAACUUUGGGUUGCAUGGAUCUUGACUUAGCAUUAAGGGUAGAGCAACCCGCUUCUCUUACGGAUGCUAGUACCCAAGAUGAAAAAAGGUACUAUGAGAAGUGGGAUCGCUCGAAUCGCUUAAGUCUCAUGAUCAUAAAGCGUGGAAUUCCAGAAUCUUUUAGGGGUGCUGUAUCCGAUGAGGUUACUAAUGCCAAGGAUUUCCUUUCUGAAAUUGAGAAACGUUUUGUUAAAAGCGAUAAGGCGGAAAUAAGCAUGUUGUUAAAAGACUUUACUUCCAAAAGGUAUUCAGGAAAAGGAAAUAUAAGGGAGUAUAUUAUGGAAAUGUCUUAUAUUGUUUCUAGGCUCAAGACACUUAAGAUUGAGAUAUCGGAAGAUGUUCUCGUACACAUAGUCUUGAACUCUCUUCCUAUUGCAUUUGAUUCUUUUAAGGUCAGUUAUAACAGCCAAAAAGAGAAGUGGUCUCUUAAUGAGCUCAUUUCAUAUUGCGUGCAAGAGGAAGAGAGGAUGAAACAAAAUAAGAUAGAAAGUGCUCACUUGGCUAGUACCUCUAAGGAUAAGGGUAAAAAGAGGAAGAAAACUCUCAUUAAGAAUGAAGCUGCUAAGGGUCCAGUACAGAUGAAACAUAAGGAAGGUGAAACAACAUGUUUCUUCUGUAAGAAGUCUGGACACAUGAAGAAGGAUUGUACCAAGUAUCAUGCUUGGAAAGUGAAGAAAGGGUUGUCUGAGCCACCGCAAGCCAAAUGAUGCUGAAAGAUGCGUCUAUGUGGGAGAUGGCAAAGCGGUGCAUGUGGAGGCUAUUGGGCAUUUUAGAUUGUUAUUAUCUACCGGUUUCUAUUUGGAUUUAAAAGACACUUUUAUUGUUCCGUCAUUUAGGCGGAAUUUGGUUUCUGUUUCUUAUUUGGACAAAUUAGGUUAUCAUUGUUCCUUUGGAAACUUCCGGUUUAAUUUGUCUUUAAAUUCAAAUAUUGUGGGGACUGGUUCUUUUAUGUCAUAUGACAAUCUUUACAUGCUUGAAACAAUAACUUCAUAUAAU